AGAGAUGCAUGCAUGCGACGGCAGCAGAUCCCCUCUCCUGAAACGCCUGCGCAUGAUUUAUCAACUUUAAUUCCCAUGCAAAUUAUUGAUGACGAUAAGAUUGGGAUCACUCCCACUUUCGUAUAGUUUCCAUAUUGCAGUCCAUUCGUUACGAGAGUGAAAGGCAAAUCAUGAAAAAUUUUCAAAUUCUUUCUUUUGCCGCGCUGCACCGCCCGACGGCCGCGAUAAUUCUCCUUCAAGGACCAGAUAGAGGUCUGCAUUUCUGCUCUCUCUCUCUCUCUGUCGAAGGAGAAGUCGAGAUGGGAUCCGGUGAUGGUUGCGGCGGAGGAUCUGCGACGACAGCUGCAUCAAAGAGGUGCGCAGCAUGCAAGGCCAUGAGGCGGAGGUGCAGGGAGGACUGCGCCUUCUCCGCAUACUUCCCAGCCUCCCACCCUCGCAGAUUCCACUGCGUCCACCGGAUCUUCGGUGCUGCCAACGUGAGCAGGAUGCUCAAGCAUCUGCCGAUGGAGCAGCGAGGUGAGGCAGUAGAUUCUCUAGUCUAUGAAGCCAAUGCACGUAUACUUGACCCAGUCUAUGGGUGCGUCCGAGUCAUCGCGGAGCUCCAACACCAGCUUCUUGCUGCUCAGGAGCAGCUUGCCAUUGUCAGAGCCGAAAUUGCAUGGUGCAGAAGCCGUGAACUCUUUCAGAUUGAAAAACAUAGCCACCAGGGUGAUGCAGCCACGGAAGACAAAGCAAGGCCUACGGAAAUGGAGAAUUUGCAGUUUGAUUUUCCAUUCACAGAGUUAGAUUUAGCCCUCGACAUGUAAGCCUUCUGUGUGCCGGUUUCUUCAUAUUCAAAUUGAAGAGGAACAGGAACUGUAAACUAAAUCUGCUGCUUAAAUUUGCGAUUUCAUUGUAAGCAAUAAGAUCCCCCUUCUCUCUCAGGAGGAGAAUAUUCAAUAAUUCAAAUCCCAGAAUGCUCGGACUUUUCACGAAGGGAGCCACAAUUGAUUGAGCUUCAUUACCAUCGGAUGAUCUUUAUCAAUGUCCUAAGGAGGAAUGAAUAAAUGGCCAUGGUUUCAAACCUCACGUGAUCUCCAGCAAAGCAGUGAACCCGUGCAUGUAGGUGAAAGCUAUUAAGAUUCACUUCAGAGUUUUACUCGUUCGGGAAGGCAAAGAACCACUCCCCUCAGCCUCAGGUCUUCUCCCCAAACGUGAUUUCUUAAUUUUUCUGAUGAUAAUGAUAAUAAUAACGACGACAAUUAUAAUAAUGACAAUAACAACAAUAAUUAAAAAAAUCCUGCCCAGUGGCAAUGAAUAUCCAGGAGCUUAAAAUGCAGCCAAUCCACAUUCACACCUUUGCAUAAAACCAAAAGCCACCCGCCGUAUUAUCUGGCUCGGAGUAGCGUUCCGAACUGAGACGGCCUCAAUCUCUAGUGGACUAAAUUUGGCCAGCCAACAUAUCACCAGCAUGACACAGUCAAAGGCUCCUCAUAAAAUGUGUAUAUAUUGUCAAUGAUUGGCAGAUCUUACCCAGGGGGAUGAGGGGUUGGGUGGGGGCUGUAGCCUUCUUUGGCAGUAGGUCACACCCCGCUCAACCAAAAAGACACACACACAUACAAAAUCCAGGACCACUGCAUAUCACAAGUUUAAUAAUCAAAAUCUCGAUUAGUUGGUUCAGUCUGUCGUCGACACAGACCAGUGAACUAUUCAGUCUAGCUGUUGGUCACCUGACUAAUCCCUGACAUGUAUACAUAAAUGUCUCCACACU